AUGGCAUUUGAUUGUGAUAAUAAUUAUAAUGUAUGUUCAAAUAACAAACGUUGUUUUUUAACACUUGUAUUAUUCAAUUUUUUUCUUGCUUGUACUUAUUAUUUUUAUGAACAUAAUCAAUUAUAUGUAAGACAAAAUGGAGUAAAACAAUUUCCAAAAAUUUUUUAUCAACAUGAACUCUCAAGAAAAACAGAUAAUUCUAUUGAAAUUAUUCGAAAUAUAUUGGAAAACGAAUAUAAUCGUAGUGAUUUACAAAUAUUUUAUGAUUUAGUUGAAAAAGAAUUUGCAUUAGGUUUACGAUGUACAAGAAAACAGAAUAAAAAAUCUAAUGUUGAUUUAACUAUUAGCGAAACAAAUAAUACGAAUAUUACUAUAAUCAGAUCAUUAUCCAGUACAACUACUUCACAUCUAUUGCCAUCUGAUCAUCAUUCACAUCGAACUUUAUAUUCUUUUUUAAUCUCUAAUUCUGAUAUAUGUUUAACUGAAUCGAUAGACUUAUUAAUAAUGAUUAUAUCGAAAUCCGAGAAUUAUAAAACUCGUGAUGCUAUUCGUCGUACAUGGGGAUCACGAAAAAAUCUGGGUAUUUAUUCGUCUAUAUCAAUAAAAAUUUUCUUUCUAAUUGAUUUCGAUGAAAAAUUCAGCAAUAAUGUUCGUCUUGAAAAUAAUCUUUUUCAUGAUAUAAUUCAAGUUGAAUUACCACAACAAUAUACAUUAGUAACAUAUCGUGUUUUAUCAAUACUCGAAUGGUCAUUGCGUUAUUGUCGUCGAGCAAAAUUUGUAUUUAAAACUGAUGAUGAUAUAUUUAUUAAUUUAAUAUUACUUUUAAAAUUUGUUUCACCAUUAAUCACAAAUUCAUCAAAUAAUUCAUUUCAUAUAUCCGAUAUGACUAUAUAUGGUUAUAAACAUAUUAAUCCCGGAGUUUUUCGUCAAGCUAGUGAUCCAGUUACCGCUCGAUAUGUUGUUACAUCAGAUGAAUAUCCUUGUUCAAAAUAUCCAGAUUUUCUAUCCGGUUUUGGUUAUUUAAUACCAAAAAAAGCACGAGAUGCCUUAGUCUAUGCAUCUUAUUAUGAUUACGAAAAACCAUUUCGAAUAUCCGAUGUUUAUGUAACAGGAAUUCUACCAGAUUAUUUAUCACUUCCACGAACAUCAAUGUCUGAUUAUCAGAUUCGUUAUGUAAAUGAUUGUGAAGGUUUUUUUGCUAAUUCAAAUUCUUUUGCAUGUGCUGCUGGUUUACAUCAUGGUGAUACAAGUGAUGUAUUUGAUAAAUUUCAUCGAUACUGGCAACUUACUAGAAAACUUCUCUAA